AUACAAAUUCCUACAUUAUCGACAUCCAACGAAUUUUGAAUACAAUCACAACAAAUAAAAUUAACCUCACUUUUUUAACGAAAUGGUUUAUAUACCAAUAAUAAGGAUUUUUAGAUGAUUUUAAGAUAUAUUUUGAUAUGUUUAAUUUAUUGUAAUUGUUUCUAAUCUUAAUUUUUAAACGAUGGAGCAAAGGUAUUUAACAGUGCGAUCCCAAUUAGAAGAGUUGGGUUAUACACAACAAUUUCAAUUAGAUUCUCUUCCCUUAGUGGAGAAAUUAGUUGGAGAUUUGCUGAAAACCACAGAAAGUUUACAAAAGUACAUGAAAUUAUCUCAAGAUAUACUCACUGAGAGAGACACUUUACUCUUAGGUGCUGAGCCCUAUAAAUGUGAUAAUGCAAAAUUAGUUAAAGAAUGUAAUGAUUUGCAUUUAGCAUUUUUACAAUAUAAAGAAAGAAGUGAAAAAAACCAGCAAGAAUUAAAAAAUCGAGUAUGCGAAUUGGAACGUGUUAAAACUGAUUGUAACAAAGAAAAUGAAGAGUUGAAGAGUCAAGUAAAGGUUUUGGAGGAAAAUUCUUUAAAAAGCAACAGGCAAAUAAAGAGCACUGCCACUAAACCAUUUAAAACUUCAACAGCUGCCUCAUUAAAACCUAAAAUAACUCCUAGAGAAACAAGUUCUGCUAUGUGCAUGGCUGAAAACAAAAUAUCAAAUUUAACUAAAGAAAUAAAUCGGUUAAAAAAUGACAAAUUAGAGUUAGCCCAAGCUAAUAUAGCUUAUAAAAACCAGGUAAAUAGCCGUGAUAAAGAGAUAAAAAGAUUAACACAAAUGCUUCAUGGUGGUCGACCUUUAGAAGCGUUAAACCAAGAUUGUUGUUACAAAGACAUAGAAGUUAAAAUAGCCAAGUUACAGGACGAAGUUGCAAAUUUAAAACGACUUAAUUUUGAUUUAGAGACUCGUUUAAAAGAUGCCAUCACAAAACAACACGAAGCUAUGAAACGAGCGUUAAAUUUAGCGGAAAAAAAUAAGAUCUUAGAAAAAGAAUUGAAAGAUAUUGACCAAAUGGCUUUAGCGGUAGAACAUGAAUGUAACACAACCGUAAAAUCAAAUACAGAAACUGUAAAUCGAUUACAAAAUCGAUUACAUGAAGCCGUACUACAAGUACAAAAAUUAGAGAGAGAGAUUAUGGAAUGUAAACGAGAAAAACAUGAAUUAAUAAGCGAAUUAGAGAUUGUUAAAGGUGAAAAAAAACAUUUACAGGGAAUAUUGGAGUCGAGUUUGGCGGAAAAAAAUACUGCUUCAAGUAGGAUGGCUCAGUAUGGGAUUAUUGAAAAUGAUUUAAAUUUAGAAAUCGAUCGUUUGGUUCAAUUAAACGCUGAACAGCGGCGUAAAAUAGCCGAAUUAGAAUGCAAAAUUUUACCAAAAUCUUGUUUUGUAUCAAAAUCUAAAAAAGAAGAACCUCCUAAUGGAGUAAAAUCGAAAAAAUCAGCUCCUUAUAAACCCAAAGAAAAACCACCUAUAACCAAAAAAUAUCGAAUGCAAUCUGGAGAUCAUGUAGUUACAGAAAAUUCAUCAUGUGGUUAUAAAAAAAUUGUGGAAGAUGCAGCUACUUCACCAAUAAAGACUUUGUGUCCAUUUCCUCACCCUGAAUUGUGUAUUAAACAUAUCGAAGAAUUAAUUGUUAAAGAAAUACAAGAAAAAAACGUUUGUUUUGAUCAUUUAAAAGAAGUUAUAGGAAAAGAAAUUAAUGAAUUAAAUACAAAAGCUAAUACUUCUUUAGAACAAUUUAAAGAAGAAAGAGAUUUUUACAAAAAAGAAUGUGACGCUUUAAUGGAAAAAGUCAAAGUAAUGUGUAACCGAACAGAACAAACGGAUCUUCAAAAAAAACUUUUCGAUAAAGAACAAGAACUUUCUAAACUCCAACAAGAACUUUGUAAUAUUUUACAAGAAAAACAAUCGCUUUUAAUCCGUUUAGAUUCAGCUAGAAGUCAACCAGAACAAGAUUAUGAUGCUUUAUCAUAUAGAUCGUCCACAAAACGUCUAGAACGCGAACGUGAUCUUCUCAGAGCGGAUAUUCAACAUUUAGAAGAAGAACGGGAUGGUCUCAGACAUCGAAUAAGCGUUCUUUGUGAAGAUUAUAAUCAAGAAAAAGCACGUUUAGAAAAUAUGUUAAGGGAGCGCGACAACGAAAUGCGCCGCAUGGAACUUGAUCACCGCGAAAUUAUUCAUUCUCAAGGCUCCAAAAGGGCCGCAAUUAAUAAUUUACAGGACGAAUGUGAUAUGCUUGCGACACAAUUGAAAAAUUGUCAAGCUGAGUUGACCCAACAAAAAGUUUCAUAUUCACAAUUAAAGAUGUUACACGAACAAUCUGACAGAGCUUUAUGUGAUUGUCAAAAUCAACUUUUACAAGCUGAUAAAUCUAUCGGUCAAGCUCAAGAAACGAUUAAACUUUUAGAGGCGGAAAAAGAAAAUGGGAAAAAAGAUGUGAUUAAUUUAAAAAAUGAAUUGUUGGUGAUGAAGAAUAAUUUGUUGAUGUGUGAUAGGGAAAAAGAUUCGUUAUUGCACACUUUGGAUGAAAAAACCGAAAAGCUCGUUGCCAUUGAACAUGAAUUAAGCUGCAAAAGCAAAAAGAUCGAAAACUUAGAAGCGACGAUAUCAGAUUUAAAAAAUCGCAUAAGCGAUAAUUUAACAGACCGUUCCACAAAAGAAUACCAACUAAAAUCCGUCACUUCAGACGUACAAAAUCUCCAGCGAGAACUUGAAUCAUCAAAACGGGCGCGUGAGUUGGCGUUAGAAGAAAAUCGACGUCUUCAGGAUGAUUUAACAUCAUGCACUCGUGACAAUAAACGGGUUCAAAACGACUUGGACAUCGCAAAGAGGCAGGUGGACGAUUUAAGGCGACAACUUCAACAUUAUGUGGCGGAAAUAAAACGAGCUGAAGAUUUGAUUUCGCAAAAGGAAGUCGAACGUAGCGAAAUGUUGGAUCAUUAUAAAAGUUUAAGCGAGGAAGCGACGAAUUUAGAAUCAACUAAUCAUACUUUAGAGAGCGAGGCGACUCAGGCUAAAGUUCAAUUAUCGGUCGCUUUAGAUCAUGCUGCCGAUUUAGAAAGAAAAGUUGAAGUACAAUGUACGAUGAUUCACGAUUAUGAAAAACAAAUUUCGAAUUUAACCGCUCAAAUUGCAAGAUUGGAGAGUCAAGUUGAGCAUGGAAAUAUUGAUAAAGAGAGGAUUGAAGCUGAGUUAAUUUCCGUGAGGGAUUUGUGUUUGAAAUUGGAUAAACAAAAAGAUAAUUUAAUGAAACAAUUAAAUGAUAAGGAUUCUGUAAGAACUGAGAUUAAUAGAGAAUGUAAUAAUUUAAGAAGAAAUUCGCAAACUUUACAAUCAGAACUUGAUAAGGAGAGGAAUACUGUGGAAAAUUUAGAAAAACAUCUCGUGCAAAUUCGGCAGGAAUCGGUUGAGAUGAAGCUUUUAAACGAAGAAUUAAGAGCUGAUGUACAAAAAUUGAAAGUUAACAUUCAAGAUCUUCAAUCGAAACUACAAUGUUGUGAUUAUACACCAAUUCAUCCAGAAAAUGUUUUACAAGUCUCCAGACUUCAAACGCUUUCUAAAAAGUCCCAAGUGUCCCAAAACUCUUCAUCGAGAUCUUGUAGUAAUAAUUCAAAAAGUCAAUUCUCUGAACAAGAAUUAAAUCAAUUAGUGGAUAAGUAUCAACAAUUUCCGUCAUCAUUAAAACAAGAUUAUGGGAAAACCAGCAGCAAACGGGUUUCUUUGAAUGUUAUUGCUUCAAACGUAUCACCUGAUGAAGGUUUUUCUAAGAUUAUAUCUGUUGAUUCUAAGAAAGUUGGAGCUGAUAACACCAACGAGAUUUCUAAGAUUGCCAUUGAGUCUGAUUUACCUUCUAAAGAAAAGGAAACGGAGUGUAAUGAGAAAGUAAAGGAUGUUGAAGAUGAACCUAUUGACUAUUAUUCAAAACAAUUAAAAAAAAUUUACGACAAUUUGUCUGUGGCUAGAUAUUAUUUGCAUUCGUCAGAAGUAGCUACAAAAGAUGUUAAAACAGGAACGUCACCAUAUAUACCUGUACCUGAAGCGUUUCAAAAUGAUUUUGAUUGUAAUAAAAACAUUGGUCCUUCCAAAUUUAGUGUAGCAGCACAGAAUUCGCCAGUUGAAAUAAUUCCCUGUUUUAAUGAUAAACGUAAAAGGGAUGAAUCGGGAAAAUGUACGCAACGUAGAAAUGUUGAUGCUUGUUGUGGUUCCCCUAAAACUGCUUCAAAAGGUUCUCCAAAUAUGACAUAUUAUCAAACAUCUUAUAUGUUAUCCUAUGAACCCAAGAAAGAAGUACUUAAGAAGUGAUUUUUUACUUAUAAUAUGAUUUUAAUGUGUAAUUUUAAUUGAAUUUAAUUAAUAU